GAAUCCUAAAUCCAAAAACCCUAAACCCGAACUCGUAUACCCAAGCCUUGAGGGGAGAGGAUAAACCGAUCAACAAUGUUGGUCUUCGGGUGUACCGGCGGCGGCUGGUGCGCUGCAUAUGCCUUCGGAUCGGCGGCUUCGGCCAUGGCUUCCUCCCCGUUUCUUCGCAUCGCCCCUACCCUUCACCUCCGACGCUGUUGCAGGAAAUUCUGGUGCGAAGAGCCCAAGGAGGGCACGGCGAAUGGGUGGACGAGGAGGAGGUCGACGAGUGCGGCACAGCGGAGCCCCGACGUGGUUGAGGUGGAGUACGCUGACCUCAACCUCAAGAAUUUCUACGGCGCCGCUCCUAAUUUAGGUCACAUUCGGAUUCGACAACAUGUGAAUCCCCUCAGUUCUUCUUUCGCUACACCAGUGGAGAUUCCGGUAUGGAAGGAAGUUUUCAGGGAUCCGUCGCUCCCGUUGAUGGUGGAUAUUGGUAGUGGCAGUGGUAGAUUCCUUAUCUGGCUUGCUAAAAAUUGCCCCGAAAGAAGAAAUUAUCUGGGUCUGGAGAUACGUCAAAAGCUAGUGGAGCGGUCACAGUUCUGGGUCGAAGAAUUGGGUCUUGCAAACAUUCAUUUUAUGUUUGCCAACGCCACGGUAUCCUUCGAGCCACUGGUUGCCACCUAUCCCGGACCUAUUAUGCUGGUCUCCAUACUGUGCCCGGACCCUUAUUUCAAGAAAAGGCAUCACAAAAGAAGAGUUGUACAGGCGAGCUUAGUUGAUUCCAUCUCAAAAAGGUUGAGCAUUGGAGGGCAGGUCUUUGUGCAAUCAGAUGUGCUUGAAUUGGCAUUCGACAUGAGGAACCAGUUUGAUGCUCGUUUGGAUGUAUUUGAGCAUGUCGAUACCAUCGACAACAAUUUUUUAUGUGACACCCAAGGAUGGGUGCUGCACAACCCCAUGGGUAUACGAACAGAAAGAGAGAUACAUGCAGAGCUAGAAGGUGCUAGAAUCUACAGAAGGAUAUACCAAAAACAAAAGCAUUGUGUUUAGCCAAAACAUAUGAUCGAUUGCCUUAUUCCCCUGCUGAGGGCAUGAGAUUUCGGUGAUGGCGAGCCGAGGAACCAUGCACGAAAAUUGAAGGGCAUGCCAAUUCUUCCUGAUGCAAACAUGGCUUAUGCUUCAGCAGGUUGGCGACAUUAUCGGUCUACGAGGUUUGAGAGUUACUGUUACAAAGCAGAAUUUUUAGCUUGAUUAGCAGUAUGUCCUGAUUCCUUUUAUGAGACAAGCAAACCAUGGCUCCUCGAUAACACGAGGAUCGUAGUGCUUGUGCGGAAAAUUGUAUACAAGAAUCGAUGAUUCCUAAUAUAUUUAGAAUGGGGAGUCUGGCGUUAUUUCCUA